GCGCAUCGGCGGCCAAUGGUCGGCCUCCUGUGCCCCCGGCGAAUUGUCUCUUAUAAAAGCGGGCCGAGCCGUCCGGGAUGGCAGACAGACUACCUCAGCAGUAUGGAGCGUACGUCAGUGAUUGCGGCUCGGCCCGACCCUUCCUCCUUCAGUGCCAAGUAUUCCCCCGGUGCCCUUGGAUCCGCCUUCACGCCGUUAUCUCGAGUGCCACCGACCUUCCCCCUAUUCCAGUCGCUACCGUUCCUGCCUCAGACGCCCUCCGCCAGUGCCAACAAACAGGCUCCCCUCAGUCUGGACUCUAGACUGAUGGGGAUGCUGCAGAGCUACGGGUCCCUGGGGCAGCUGCCGUGGGCCGCCCUGGGCGCCAGCGGCGACCUGGCCCUCAACCGCCUGCUCCUGACCCCCGGAGGCCGCCUGAGCCGCCCCAAGAAGCGCUACAUCUGCAAGUAUUGUCAGCGGGAGUUUACCAAGAGUUACAACUUGCUGAUCCACGAGCGAACCCACACGGACGAGCGCCCCUUCCCGUGCGACAUCUGCGGCAAGGCCUUCAGGAGGCAGGACCACCUCCGCGACCACAAGUACAUCCACAGCAAGGAGAAGCCCUUCAAGUGCGACGUGUGCGCCAAGGGCUUCUGCCAGGCGCGCACGCUCGCCGUGCACAAGGCCCAGCACGCCCACGACGGCCCCGUGGUAGCGCCCGCGCCCGCUCCCUCCUCGCCCGCGUCCUCGCCGCCCGCGCUCCCCCCCGCGUGCCACAGGCGCCCCCAGGAGGACGAGGUGGUGGACGUGCUUCGCUGCGACGAUGAUGACGCGGGGGUGGAGGACGACGUGAUGCAGACGGUGACGGAGGAGGAGGAGGAGGAGCUGCCCGUCGCGCCCGCGCCCAAGAGACUCGGCUUCUCCAUCGCAGACAUCAUGAGCAGAUAGAGGGGGCGCCGACCCCCCGCCCCCCACCCAGUGCCAUGUGUCCUCGCAAGCUUUAAUUUUGUACAUAAACAUUUAUAUUAUUGUUGCUGCAUAUUGUAGCCUGUGACGAAUCUUUAUUGUUGUAUAAGAGUUGUAUGUUUCCAUGUUUAUUAAAACGAUGAAUAUUUA